AUGACCGACAUUGUGGGUGAAGUUAAGAAAGACAUGACUAGUCAUGUUGAGGAUGUCGAGGUCGGCCAGACUGCACCUAAGAAGUCCCAUGUCAUGGAUCCCCUCAACAUGCCUACCUGGCAGAAGGGCAUUAUCCUUGUCGUCAUAUCUAUAUUUUCAACUCUUGGUCUUGCUCUCGUCUCCGGUUUCGGCGGGUUGCUCGGAUUCUACAUUCCUCGAUAUGCUGCCGCGGGCAAGGGCUACGAUGAUAUUACGCAUCUGAUGACUUAUCCGAGUCUUUUCAUGGGCAUCGGGAAUCUGAUCGGUAUGCCGAUUGCCAUUGGAGUCGGCCGACGCAUCGUCCUCCUGGUAUCGACCAUGAUUUUGGUCAUCGGCGCCGUUCUGUGUGCGUUGGAGAAGAAUUACGAAUGGCAUCUGGCAUCCAGGAUGGUCGUUGGUCUUGCUGCUGGACAGAGCGAGGCAUUGGUGCCGAUGAUCACACAGGAAAUCUUCUUCCUCCACGAACGCAGCAAAGCACUCAUGGGCCAGCAGGCGAUCCAGGUUUCUCUCACAGCGGUCUGGGUCCUUUUUGCCGGUCCAUUGCCGAAGCGAUUACGCCUCAGUGGUGAGACCAAGUAUGAUAGAUCUGCGGCUGCUUAUCAGGAAGAUACAAGCAGCCAAGAUGCGUUCGAUGAUGAGAAGCAGUCCGCAUUGCACGGCCUCUGGACGACACGUCCUCCUCUAGACUUCGAGAGCUACGAGGCACGUACUUGGAAGUCGGAGUUGCGUCUCUGGGUCGGCAGGCCAGACUGGCACAGGGUGUGGGAAGUACUGGAGCAAACAUUCCAGCUGCUGCUCUUCCCCCAAGUCCUCUGGGCUCUUCUCCUCAACGGUCUUACCAUCGGCGUCAACAUCGCCAUCGGCACCACGUACGCUACCAUCCUCUCCGGCGCCCCUUACAGCUGGCCCGACAGCAGCGCCAGCUACAUCAACUGCGGCCAGAUCGUCACCGCACUCGUUGCCCUUCCUCUUUUGGGCCAUGGAUCGGACUACCUCGUCAAGUACUUUGCCCGCCGCAACGGAGGCCUGCACGAGCCCGAGGUGCGCAUCAUCCCCUUGAUCCUCCCCAUCAUCGUCGGCGUCUUUACAUCCGCUCUGUACGGUGAGGGCGCACAGCAUCCUGACCAAUACCACUGGUUCGUGUAUGCAUGGGCCGUGGCCGCGUACUACUUUUGCUUCGUGGGGGCGAACAUCGUCGCCAUCACGUAUCUGCUGGACAGCUACCCUACACGAGCAGGCCCAUUGCUAGUCAUCAUCUGUGCUUUCCGGGGUAUUAUUUCCUUUGGAACGAGCUAUGGUACAGCCCCCUUCAUUGCCUCGCACGGAUAUGACGGCGCCUUUGGCACUUUUGCUGGCUUGACGGGUGCCUUGGGUCUGCUGGGUAUCCCGGUAUACUUCUGGGGGAAGAAGAUCCGUCAAUUCACCGGCCGGUUUGCAAGGGACGAGAGUGAUUGA